AUGAACUCCUCAUUGUUUCUGGCCUUUCUAUUCCUGGCUCCAGCUACAGUGCCCACUCUCCAAGCUGAUGGCCAGUGUCCAGCAUGCAGGGGGCCCACCUUGGACCUGGAGAGCCAGCGGGAACUGCUUCUUGACUUUGCCAAGAGAAGUAUCCUGGAUAAACUGCACCUCCACCAGCGCCCAACACUGAGCCGGCCCGUGUCCAGAUCUGCCCUAAGGACAGCACUACAGCGCCUCCGUGAACUACCACAGGAGGUUCUUCUUGAGGACGACAUGGGACAGGAAUAUGAGAUCAUCAGCUUUGCUGAGACAGGUCUCUCCAACAUCAACGAGAUUCGUCUUGAUUUCCACUUCCCUGAUAGAAAUGCUGGUGGCGUGGAGAUCCUGCAGGCUAGCCUCAUGCUUUUUAUGCAACUCCCUCCCCACAGUACCUGCACUGUGAAUGUUGCACUAAGAUCACAAGACACCAAUCUCACCUUGAUCAUGCAGCACCUGCUGGAGGUGGAUGCCAGUGGCUGGCACCAGAUCUUUCUGGGUCCUGAAGCUCAGGCUGCCUGCAGCCAGGGGCACCUUACCUUGCAGCUGGUACCUGAAGGCCAGAUAGCCCACAGAUCAGACAUCCUGGGUGGGACUGCCCAUAGGCCUUUUGUGGUAGCCCAGGUAAGAGUUGGGGGCAAGCACCGGGUUCGCCGGCGAGGUAUUGACUGCCAAGGAGGAUCCAGGAUGUGCUGUCGACAAGAAUUCUUUGUAGACUUCCGUGAGAUUGGCUGGCACGACUGGAUCAUUCAGCCUGAGGGCUACACAAUGAACUUCUGCACAGGACAGUGCCCACUACACGUGGCGGGCAUGCCUGGUAUUGCCGCAUCCUUUCACACUGCAGUGUUCAAUCUGCUCAAAGCUAAUGCAGCUGCUGGCACCGCCAGUGGGGGUUCGUGCUGUGUACCCACAAUCCGACGUCCCCUGUCUCUGCUCUACUAUGACAAGGACAGCAAUAUUGUCAAAACCGACAUACCUGACAUGGUGGUAGAGGCGUGUGGGUGCAGUUAG